UUGAGAAAGAAUUCUGUAACUUCUCUUACCGAGAGUUGCGCAAACGAUGGAGGAAUUUCGAUGGCAGAAAAAAGCUCGUUCGUGGAAAUUGUGAUAACAGAAGCCAAAUCAAACCAAAGUGAACUUUCUAGUGAAGUCGAACGUGGAAAAGCGAAGGUGUUUGAAUCUGACAAGAGUUCUACAUUGAGCAAAACAAAGGUUCCCAUAUUAUCUGUAAGUGAUCAUGAUUUGACAGAGGUUUCUAAGUUAUCAGAACCAGAAGAAAAACAGUGUGCGCCCAGUACGACAGAUGAUUAUGUACAGCAAGGAAGAGGUAAUGAAUUUGAAAAUACAAAAUUGUUAGAAGAAAGAAAAAAGCAGACUCCUGGCUCUGCUAAUUCAAGACGGCCUAGCAGUAACCUCGAGUUAUCAAAGGAAAAACAGUCUGUCACAAUUACGACAGAAAAAUGUGUACAAGGAGCUGUUGAUAACACGACAUCGUUAGAAGAAAAACGAAACCCGCUUCCUAGGUCACCUAACUCUAGACGAUCCAGCCAAUUAGAGGCCAGAUCUAGAGGAACAAGCCCAUUCUCUGAAAGAAGACGUGAAAGUCGUAUGUCUGGUAACGAGAAGAAAACUUCACCCAACCACUCAAGAACUAAUUCUGCUGCUACUGAUCAUUUCGCUUUGGAGAAUAUUUUGAAUCCAUUACUUCGGGAAUCUUUAAAGAAAAUAUUAAACCCUCAAAGAUACGUAGAAAAUGCAAUACCUAACGAUAUAGACAACACUUCACCAUUGGUUGCAAACGAUAGUAGAAUCAUUUUCAAAGACGAUAUUUUGCUACCAAAAAUCAAAAGACGCUUGGUAAAAUAUAGCUCAUUAGAUUAUGGGGAUCAGAGUAAAAGAUCUUCAAUGACCAAUGAUAGUUUGAGAGAUAAAUAUAGAAAGAAGUCCACAAGGCAUGUUAGGUUUAAUGAACAGACCCCUGAACUAACUUCAACAAAAUGCACUGGGAUAAAGUUGACUCGUAGUCACCCAGUACGCAUGCUCAGUGGUGGUUCAGAGUAUGCAGUGAAAGGGGUUAUUGGUCAGUGGUUAAAGCGUCGUUCAGGAAACACUGUUCAAGCUGGAAGAGAGAAGGCUAGCGUGGAAAAACAGGAGGCGUACCGCGAAGUACAGUUAUUGAAAAUUGGAAUGAGUAUGAGAAUGUUAGCAGGCAUUGUUUGAGGGUCCGGAUUAGCGUCAGAACUACACAUGUAAAAAUCUCACAUCUUGUAGCGAGUCUGCCAACAAGCCGUCAACAAGUUGUGUUCGCACUGCUUGUCCCAAGUUGUCAACAAGUUUGGAACAACUUGUUAACAACUUGUAAUAACCUUGUUGAUAUUAUCAGACUUGUUGCAAAGUUGUUCCAACAAGUCCGAUACAGUCAUGAUAUAACGAUAUAGUUACAAUCUUGUGUCGUCAACCUUGUAACAUUCUUGUUAUAUCACGACUGUAUCAGACUUGUUAGAACAACCUUGUAACAAGU